UGCCUGCUUUAUCUCCUUUCCUCUGGAACCGAUAUCGAAUCCCAAAGUGAAAGAGGUGGAGGAAGUGACUAUUUUCCUCAUCGCUCGUCCAGAAAGAGAGAACCGGCUAAAAGCAGACGAUGGAGUUGGUGGCGGCUCAAUCGGCUUUAGGCAAUGAGGUCGUCUUCAAUAUUCCUGGCACUACUACUGUUGGUGGUAGCAAUCGUGCUUCAUUGUGAUGGAGGUGAAUGGUUUGAGAAAUGGAAAAAGAAGAAGAAGAAAGGGCACCAUCACGAUGAACCAAGCAGGAUCGUUCUCUAUAUUCCUGAAAUUAUUAAUAAAAUUAAACAUACACACACAAUCAUUGUACACAAAAAUGAAAAAAGAAAAGAUGAAAACCUAGAUCAUCACUACAAAGGAAAAGUAUACCAUCACCAUCAUCAUGAUGGAAAAGUGGAACAUAUUCAUAAACACCAUGGAAAGUCAGAACAUGAGCACAAACACCAUGGAAAAUCUGAGCAUAGUCACAAACAUGAAGGAGAGUCAAAACAUUUACAUAAGCACAAGGGAACCUCAGAACAUAAGCAUGAUCACCAUGGACAUGCUAAACAUGAACACAAGCAUCAUGGUCAUAAAGAUCAUAGUCUUCACCCUUAUGCUCAAAGAAUUUUUACUAAACUUCCUCAUAUAUACCAUUCCCAAAAACAUGGUCAUGGGUAUCAAUCUUUACACCACUAUGUACACACAAGUGCAGGAUAG